CCGAGCCUACAUAAAUGUCCACACUCCCGUGUUCACCAAAAGCAACACAAAACUUCUAAACAAUUAAACCAGAGUGAGAUCUUUCUCAGAAAAAAAAAAUGGGAACGACGUCAUCUAAGUCUAACAUCACUCUCUCGCAGAUUCUCAACACAGAGGUUCCGUAUAGCUACGUGAUGCUCGCUGUCGCUGCUCUCUUGGCCGUUGUUUGCUACCUCUGGAAUAAGGGGAUGUCCAAAUCUAAGAACAGACCACCGUUGCCUCCAGGACCUUGGCCACUUCCGAUCGUUGGAAACCUCCCAUUCAUAAAUUCUGACGUCCUCCACACGCAAUUCCAAGCCCUAACCCUAAAACACGGCCCUCUCAUGAAACUCCACCUCGGAUCCAAACUCGCAAUCGUUGUAUCUUCCCCGGACAUGGCUCGCGAGGUUCUCAAAACCCACGACAUCACUUUUGCCAACCACGAUCUCCCUGAAGUUGGAAAGAUCAACACUUACGGUGGAGAAGAUAUCCUCCGGUCUCCUUACGGCACCCAUUGGAGGAGACUCCGUAAGCUCUGCGCCAUGAAGUUGUUCACUACGCCGACAAUGGAAGCUUCUUACUCCAUUCGGCGAGAAGAAACCAGACAGACCGUCGUUUACAUGUCGCAAAUGGCCUGCGACGGAUCUCCGGUCAACCUCGGUGAGCAAAUUUUCCUUUCCAUCUUCAACGUCGUGACACGAAUGAUGUGGGGGGCUACUAUUGAAGGAGACGAGAGAGCAAGCUUAGGAAACGAGCUCAAAGCCCUAAUCUCUGAUAUCUCCGACAUCGAAGGGAUUCAAAACUAUUCUGAUUUAUUCCCUUUGUUAUCAAGAUUCGAUUUCCAGGGAUUGGUUAAGCAGAUGAAAGUCCAUGUGAAGAAGCUCGAUCUCUUUUUCGAACGAGUUAUGGAGAGUCAUGUCAAGAUGGUGGGGAAGAUGAGUGAAGAAGAAGAAGAUUUCUUACAAUACUUGCUUAGAGUUAAAGACGAUGAUAAGAAAGCUCCUCUCUCCAUGACUCAUGUCAAGUCUCUCCUCAUGGAUAUGGUUCUUGGUGGAGUGGACACAUCGGUUAAUGCAUCAGAAUUCGCCAUGGCAGAGGUCGUAAGAAGACCAGAAGUUUUAAACAAGAUCAGACAAGAACUGGAUCAAGUUGUUGGCAGGGAGAAUAUCGUUGAAGAAUCACAUUUACCUAAGUUUCCUUACCUACAAGCAGUUAUGAAAGAGACUCUUAGGCUUCACCCUACGCUUCCUUUUCUUGUUCCUCACAGAAACAGCGAAACCGCGGUGGUUGCGGGAUACACAGUGCCUAAAGACUCCAAGAUAUUCGUCAACGUUUGGGCGAUUCAAAGAGAUCCUAAGCAGUGGGAUGAACCAAACGAGUUUAAACCGGAGAGAUUUUUGGAUAGCUCACUUGAUUUCAAUGGGGCUGAUUUCAAGUACUUGCCUUUUGGAUCUGGGAGGAGGAGUUGCGUGGCGGUUAACAUGGCCGAGAGACUUGUUCUGUUCAACAUUGCGUCACUUCUUCACUCUUUUGAUUGGGAAGCUCCCAAAGGACAGAAGUUUGAGGUUGAAGAGAAGUUUGGGCUUGUUUUUAAGUUGAAGUCUCCACUUGUGGCUAUUCCUGUUCCAAGGUUGUCUGAUCCGAAACUCUACACCGCUUAAGUAGUAAGAUGGGAAGUUUGUGGUUUGGGGAAGUUCAAAGUUGAGUCAUGUGUUCUUGUCUUUUUGGUUGGAGUUUUCAUGUUUCGUGAAAGGGUAAAGUGUUAAGUCACUUAUCUGAUCAUAUUUAAAUGUAAUAAAGUGUUCUUACUACAACAAUGUUUUGUUUUGUAUCCAAAUAGUUUGAUACCAUAAGCUAUAGAAUGGUAUAUAAUUACA